AUGUUGCAGUCGCGGAACUCCUAUGUCGCAGCAGAUGCCCAGCCACUCCCUCUCCACGGCUUGGGCCUGAACAUGAAGGGCGAGCCUGUGGAUUACAGAGCCUACCUGGAGGAUAAUAUCCAGGCUCUACUGCGGGAGUCCACAGAGAAGAGCAAAGGAUGGCACAGCGCCCAGGGCCCAGAAAACACAGAGCUGACAUACAAGAAGGUACUGCUCAGUGACACUGCUGCAUACUGAUACUAUAAUGUCUGUUGUCAUACAAAACCAGAAUGUACUGCUCAAUAAUACACUAGUGGAGAGGUCGGCAGUAGGCGGCCCGUGGGCCAUAACCGGCCUGCAAGUUAUUUUUUUGGCCCCCAAAGUUUUUAGUAAUGAUUUAGUUCUGAUUUUAGUUUUUGGUCAAACAUUUUUUCUUUAGGAAGUCAGUUCCCAAGUAUUCCCACAAAAAAAAGAGACAUAUGUGAUCAUGUCUCAAUAUAAUCAAGGUAUGAAAUUAUUGUUAUUUUCAAAUACAGUCUCUUUUUGGGCUUAGUUGUGAUCAAUUUGCAGUGUACAAAUUAUUAUAAUUAUCUUCUACCCCCCCGAGCAACAAUCAGCCCGCGACUGGAUCUAGUUGCCUCCCCCUGCACUAGUGCAUACUAAUAUUAGUGUUGCCUGCAGGUCAUUCAAUCACAGGUCCAUGUUUGUCAAUGUUGUUAUAUUGAAGAUACAUUUUGCUUAGAUUUUGCCCUACAUUGUCACAACAGUAUGGCCUUCAAUCAUCGUAUGAUUGGAAAAUGUUUAAUUCCCUUUUUUAUCGUAAGCCUCCAUGGAUAAUUUAAUUUACCAUUUGGCAUAGCUUCUUUGGCUGUUGGAAUGAAGUAAAUCCUGUCCAUUUUGAAGAGUGAUGGCAUGUUAGCUAGCUUGUUAAAGCUAUAGUAUACUGUCCAGUCCUGGACCAUAAUCUCACAAUCCAUUUGUUCUCUUCAGGUAGGGGACGGUCAUCCCAUCCGUCUUUGGAAAGUGACCACUGAGAUCGAGGCCCCGCCCCAGACAGUGUUGCACAGAGUUCUGCGUGAGCGCCACCUGUGGGAUGAAGACCUGCUCCACAGCCGUGUAAUCGAGGCUCUAGAGAACAACACAGAGGUGUAUCACUAUGUGACAGACAGCAUGGCACCUCAUCCCCGCAGGGACUUCGUAGUGCUGAGGUACACAUGGAGGACGAGAUUAGCUCUUCAAUAAUUGUCUGUCUUGCCUGGGACUCUAUCCAAGGCCUCAUUUGGAGACAUUGGUAGAAGGGCAGAGUGGCCAGAAGCCGAUCAUACGUAUGUCUGCACUUUUCUCAGGGGGAGUCAACAUGUUGUCGGUUCAGUAAGGUGCGGUGUUAAAGGCCCAGUGCAGUCAAAAAUGGUUGAAAUAAUACAGAGAAAAUGUGAAAAUUAUGAUAAUGCCCUUUUAGUGUAAGAGCUGUUUGAAAAGACUGCCUUACAUUUCUGCCUGUUUUGGUGGGAUGGAGUUUUGUCCUUCCAUGGUGAUAUCACUAUGCUGUAAAUUAGUUAAAGAGAGUUCCAAACCUCUCUGCCAAUAACAGCAAAUGUUUUGUUUUCCCUUCCCCACUCAGACCACUCCCAGAGAGUCCUAGCCAAAUUCUUGCUUGAGAAAUUGCCCUUUGCUAAGAAUCUAUUUUUGUAAAAAAAAAAAAAAAAUUUUUAACUGAAAACAAUCACUGUAAUGUACUUAAUUGUAAACCAGAAAUGAUUUGAUAUUGAGAUGAAAACGUCUGCAUUGGACCUUUAAAUCAAAGAUGACAGUAAUGACCCUUGCUGUAUUUUUCUCCUGCUUAGGCGGUGGUGUAGUGACCUUCCUCAGGGCCUGUGUCUGCUAGUGUCCUCCUCUGUGGACCAUGACAAUGUGCACCUGGAGGCAGGGCUACGGGCAGUGCUGCUUACCUCACGGGUCCUGAUUGAGCCCUCAGGGAUGGGCCGGUCCAGGCUGACGCAUUACUGCAGAGCAGACCUCAGGUAGGAAUCCAGUUUCUCAUCUACGCAUUAAUUUCCAUUGGACUGGACUCAUGUAAUUCAAUUAUGAUUUAAAUGGCUUAUUGAUUAAAUGCCUAUGAACAACAUGUUGACCGAGAGCUCAUGCAAUAAUUUUUUUUACUUUUAAAUAUUGGCAUAAUUACCAUUAAAAUAAUAAUGCAACAUAAACAUGUUGUGUGAAAGAAACUCUAAUUCUAUUUAAAUAUCCUUCUGAGGAGUGGGGGUACCUCCCCUGCUAUUGAAUUGUGUAAUUGGUACGAAUUUCUUAUUUGACCUUCUGUUGUAAUUUUUCAGGGGACGAUCACCUGAGUGGUACAACAAAGUGUUUGGCCAUCUCUGUGCGGUGGAGGUUGCUAGGAUACGGGGCUCCUUCCCUGUGCUGACAGCGAAGGGAACCGAGACAAAGCUUUGA